GAGAGCUCUUUAAAUCCACCUGUUAGCCGGCAUAUAUUCUUGCGCCUUCGGCUUGGGAAGGUGAACUGAUCGCCAGGACCGUGUACCAGGGUUUUAACACAAAAUUCUGCAUUUUCAAAGUCGUCACCGCGAACGAUCUGCAUCUUUAAUGGACUAUUAAUGCCGACGACACCAUGCGGGACAAUGUCAAUGCAUCAUUUGCUUAACCGUCCACAAAUGCCUUGAUCUCGCAGGGACUUCGCAACAGUGCCGUAACUCGCGCAAAAUCGGCACAAGACAGGACUUCUUGUUUUUCAUUGGUGAAUAUGGCAAAGCGACUGAACUGAACGGAGCCGAGGUUUGCAACACACUGUUGCAAAUAUUUUGAAGAAGAACACGAUGCUCUCCCUCUCGCGUGCCCCGUAACUGCUUCCAUUCAUUCAGUCCAGCUUGGCUCGAGCACCGUCUUCUCUCCUUGAGAUUUUCCUUCCAGUUUCCUCUCAAUUAUGUUCACUUUCGCUGCCUUUUGCUAUAUGCUUUCCCUUGUCCUCUGUGCUUCUCUCAUCUUCUUCGCGAUCUGGCAUAUAACCGCCUUUGAUGAGCUUCAGGCAGACUUCAAGGUGCCGAUCGAUCAGGGAAAUCCACUUCAUGCGCGUGAAAGACUUCGAAAUAUUGAGAGGAUCUGUUGCCUGCUGAGAAAGUUGGUGCUUCCAGAGUACUCUAUCCAUGGACUCUUCUGUAUCAUGUUCCUGUGUGCUCAGGAAUGGCUUACUGUAGGCCUGAAUAUCCCUCUGCUCUUCUACAACACAUGGAGCAGGUACUUUCACAGCCCCACAGACACUAAGGAGCUUCUCUACGAUCCAGCAUCAGUCAUGAACGGAGACACACUCAAAUUCUGCCAAAAAGAAGCCUGGUGCAAGAUGUCCUUCUUUGUCCUCUCAUUCUUCUACUAUCUCUACUGCUCAUUUGCCACCUUCAAGUAAACAGAUCAAAAUAACUUUGAAUAUGGCCCACAACCAAGAUCUUGUUAUGAUCUACUCCUUGGUGACUUCAUAACAGAGUUCUCAACACUGCUGAUAAGACACUGUUUUCUGAAAGCUCUAAACUAAAUUUGGAUUUAAAAAAGAGCACCGCUAGACACAAGUUCAACACACUGCAGUGUCUGAACCUACAGAGAAGACUUGACCCCAUCUUCCCAGAGUAUCAGAAGAACCCAGUGUUGUUUACAGAUCUGACUCAACGCCCUUGAUGUCUCAUGGACCUGGUGUGACGCGCUUUUCACAAGCUCACUGUAACAUUUGCACAGAUUGUCUCAGGCAUAGCACAACAUGUCCUUUACCACUCUGAGGCACAAAAACUGCCAACCUUUACACUCACUAUAUGUAGCUUCAAAUUCAUGUCGGGUUAAAACAAAGGAAAGAUAAAGAUGGAUACUUGAUCAGAGAAUGUUUCAUUUUUACCAGUCACACACUAGGCCACUGAGUUUGAUUACGUGAGAAGCUUUUGUGAUAUAUUUUGUGUAUCUGUGCACUCCUAAAAUAAGCGUUUUUUAAUAUGAAAUACGUAUCUGUUGCAUUACUUGUGUACAUAAAGAACUUUGUGUAAUGCUAUGCUGUGUUGGUGUCAGUGGGUUGAGUUGUUUUUGGACUUUAUAUCUACAAAUGCUGAUAUCGAGGCUUUGUUAUAGAAAACAAGAGCCACUUUUCCACAAUUUUGCACAAAGUUGUUAUGAGUUUGCACAGUAGAUACAGUUAUUGGUUGUGGUGGAAAAAAGUCAUAUUUAUAUACCCAGUAUGAGUCUUCCAAUAUAUUACAGUGCAUCAAAAUAUCAUAGAUUUUCAUUCUAGGGAAGAAAUUAAAACCACAGCUCAUGAUCUUCGAAUUUCACUUU